AUGGCCAUUUCUCUACUCAGAACCCCUCUAUCUCAACUCUGCUCUUUCGCUACUUCCAGACAAUACUUUACCUCUCCUUCCGCCACUCAUUCUUUUCGCCUCAAAGCAUCAACAAUGGAAGGGACUGAGAUCAAAGAAAGUAGUGAAUUGGGCAGCAGUAAUGGAAAGAAGAAAAUCUUUGUUGCGGGUGCCACAGGAAAGACUGGCAAAAGGAUUGUUGAGCAGCUCUUGGCUAAAGGUUUUGCUGUCAAGGCUGGUGUUCGGAACAUUGAUAAGGCCAAACAAACCUUUUCGGGAGAUAACCCUGAUCUUCAAUUUGUGAAAGCAGAUGUCACUGAGGGUUCAACAAAACUAGCUGAUGCCAUUGGUGAUGAUUCUGAUGCUGUCAUAUGUUCUACGGGUUUUCAGCCUUCAUGGGAUUUACUGGCACCAUGGAAGGUUGACAAAUUUGGUACAAUAAACCUUGUUGAGGCAUGCCGAAAACAGAAUGUGAACAGAUUUAUCCUUAUCAGUUCUAUUUUAGUAAAUGGAGCUGCUAUGGGACAAUUGUUAAAUCCCUCUUAUAUAAUACUCAAUGUUUUGGGACUAGUGCUGAUAGCAAAGCUUCAGGCAGAGCAAUACAUCAGGAAAUCAGGUAUCAACUACACAAUCAUAAGACCUGGUGGGUUAAAGAAUGAUCCACCCGCGGGAAAUAUAGUAAUGGAACCAGAGGAUACUCUUUUUGAAGGAUCAAUUUCCAGAGAUCAAGUUGCCGAAGUUGCUGUUGAAGCACUGCUUCAUCCAGAAUCCAACUACAAGGUCGUGGAAAUAGUUGCUCGGCCCGAUGCUCCAAAGCGCACAUUCCAGGAAAUGUUUGGUUCCAUUAAGCAGCAGUGA